GUCCAACAGCUUACCCCAGAUUCGCUCUCCUCCUCCACAGCCGGUUACUUUAUAACCAUUGUCAGCACCACCACGAUGUAGCAUCCACCCCACAGACCCCAGAUACCUCACCAUGUCGUCCACCGCCUACAUCCCCUUCUCCGAGCCCGGCUACAUCACCGGCCUCCCCUCACCAUACUACCGCGAAACCCAUUUGCGAUGGCAGAAAGCAUGCCGCGAGUUCGUCGACAAGCACCUCAUUGAGAAAGGGCUGGAGUGGGACACGGAAGAAACGGUGCCGCCGCAUGUAUUCGAGACAUUUGCGAAGGCGGGCAUGUUGCUGCCCACGCUGCCGGCGCCGCUGCCGGUGGAGUGGCUGAAGAAGUUGGGGAUACAUGAUAUCUUGGGUGUUGUGAAGGUCGAGGAGUGGGAUUAUAUACAUACUAUGAUUUAUGCUGAUGAAAUGGCGCGCACCGGCCUCGCAGGUCCCAGCGGCAGUCUCACAACCGGCAUGGCCUUCGGCGUCCCACCCAUCAUCAAAUACGGCAACAAGCGGCUCCAAGAGCGCUUCCUCCCCGAUCUCCUCACCGGCCGCAAGCGCACCUGCAUCGCCAUCACGGAGCCCGAAGCCGGAUCCGACGUCGCCAACAUCACGACCACGGCCGUCAAGACACCAGACGGCAAACACUACAUCGUUAACGGCACGAAGAAGUGGAUCACAAAUGGCAUCUGGUCCGAGUACUCAUCUAUGGCUGUGCGCACUGGUGGCCCGGGCCCGGGUGGGCUGAGUAUGCUGGUUGUUCCGCUCAAGGGGAAUGAGGGCGUGAAUAUGCGAAGGUUGAAAGUUGGUGGACAAGUCUCAGCGGGUACGACGUUCAUUGAGCUGGAUGAUGUGAAGGUGCCGGUGGAGAAUCUUAUUGGUGAGGAGGGGAUGGGGAUGAAGUACGUCAUGACGAACUUCAACCACGAGCGUCUCACCAUCGCUAUCGGGGCUACGAGACAGUCUCGUGUGGCGCUAGGCGCGGCGAUGGAGUACGUACUCAAGCGUGAAGCUUUCGGGAAGCCGCUUGUCGAUCAGCCGGUCGUUAGGCACCGUUUGGCCAAGGCUGGAGCACUGCUCGAGAGUCAGUGGGCGUGGGUCGAGCAGUUCGUGUACCAGAUGACGAAGUUGCCGAAGGCGACAGCGGAUAUUGAGUUGGGUGGCCUCACAGCAAUGGUCAAGGCGCAGAGCGGUAUCGUAUUGAACGAGUGUGCGCAGACGGCGCAGUUGCUGUUCGGUGGAAAUGGGUAUACAAAGAGUGGGCAGGGAGAGCUGAUCGAGCGUAUCUACCGCGAGGUACCGGGUAUUCGGAUCCCUGGUGGGAGUGAGGAUGUUAUGCUUGACUUGGGUGUAAGGCAGUUGGUAAGGAACUUCAAGAGCAAGACGAAGGCCCUGGAGAGGCCGCAGGGAUCGUCGAAGUUGUAGUAUCGG